UUUGUGGAAGGGUUGGGGCAGUGAGAACAAGACCAUCUAUGACCAGAAGGUGUCCAACCCCCGCGUGACAAGAGUUGAGGAUGGGUCUGACACAGAUUUCACCAUCCUCAUCCGUGAUUUUCGCCCUGAGGAUGCCGGCACCUAUUACUGCGUGAAGUUCAGCAAAUCGGUUAUCCAUGGCAAUGAGCUGUUUGAGCAUGGAAAGGGCACGGAGGUGUCCCUGCGCGAGCCAGCCUUGAUUCCCGGCAUGGUGGCUGCAGCUGUAGUGCUCUGCUUCCUCCUCCUCCUCGGCCUCUUUGUCGCCCUUUGCAUGUACAGGAGAAAGCGCAGAGGUGAGGCAGACACCCCGUGCCGAGCCGGGCUGGUGGCUGCGGGCAACUUCGUGGCCAUUCCUCCGCGGUGCUGUGCAGGGACUCCCGACACCCCCAGCAGUGAAGUUCUGGAUGCAGAGACCUCACACCUGCCCGACCAGGUAAAGCAGAGCAGGAAGGAGGACAAUGACAUCCACUACGCCGAUCUCCAGCCCCUGCCUGCAGCCCCGUGGCGUGGCAGGAGGCCCGGCGCUACCUGCUCCGAGUACGCCCGCGCCCGGGGGGCCCCCCACGCAUGUCACCGCAGCCUGUGA